AUGGGCAAGGCAGGGAGUAAAGUCCUGAGAGAGACCUCAGUGGACGGGGUUCAAGCACAGCCAACUCCUGCUGUGGCUGCUCCCGCUGCUACCGUUAAAUUCAAAGGACUCACAAAAACCAGCAGGAUGAAAGUGAAAUGGACCCAGCUGGGUUUGGUGUUCUUCCUCGUUCUGUCACUGGUGAUGACUGGAUGCUUCUUCUGGCAAUAUCAGCUGCCAAAGGUUCCGCCGGAUGAAGGGAUGGGACGCAAUUCCAAAUCAGAGAUGACAUGUCCCCGCUUCCCAGAGCCUCUCCCACUGGAGCAUCCCAUCCCUAGCCUGAAAGAGGCCCUGGAAAAGGUGGAUGUUUUGCUUCGGCAGAACAUCAACCCCAUCAGCCUUCCCGCUCUGUCGGCCAUUGUGGUUUUAAACGACACCGUUUUGUGGACCGGCAACUUUGGAAAGAGGAAUGGCAGUGACUCUCUCUCAGGACCCCCCAAUGAGUACACAAUCUACAGAAUUGCCAGCCUAUCCAAAAUCUUCCCAACGCUGAUGCUGUACAGACUGUGGGAGGAUGGGAAGAUCGGCUCCUUAGACGACCCUCUGGAGAAAUAUGUGGAGAACUUCACCAUCAAAAACCCGCUGGGGAAGACGCGGGACUCGGAGCUGAAAUAUGUGACAGAUGGCCUGAUAUUUCUGGAUAGCGGGGAGGUUCAGAUCCGCUCCUCCUCAGUCACCCUGCGCAGGAUGGCCAGCCAGCUCUCAGGCCUCCCCAGGAGACUCCGGGCCACAAAUCUGCUUUGGAAAGGAAAAACACAGUCUGCGAUCAAUCUGCUACAGGAUGAUGUUCUCGUCGCAGACCCAGGCACCAAGUGCCACUACAGCAACCUGGCCUUCUCUCUGCUCGCUCAUGUGAUGGCCGAGCGGGUGGCCGGCGUUGAAUACCAGCGGUGGAUCACCGACAACAUCCUGGACCGGCUGGGGAUGGAGGACACCGGCUUCGACAUCACCCCUGGGCUGCAGAGCCAAAUGGCCGUAGGAGUGUACUCCAAUGGAAAGCCAGCCCCGCUCUAUGACCUGGGCUGGUACCGGCCUUCAGGUCAGAUGUUCUCCACGGCGGCAGACUUGGCCAAACUUGCCAUGAUGUUGCUGGGUGCUUAUCCCCGCAAGCUGCUGGAGCCAGACUCACUGAAGAUCAUGCUGACCCCACUCUUCAGGUGCGAUAAGGACUACUUUGCCAACCGUACUGGGACGCCAUGGGAGGUGAACGAGCUGAUGGGCUACGAGGUGGUGCGCAAAGACGGUGAUCUGGAUGGGUACUCUGCCACCUUUUCUCUGGUGCCCAGGCUGAAGCUCGGCCUGGUAGUGCUCAUGGCUGGCAGCAGGUCUCAGAACCAAGAUGUGGUCACCAAGGCCUACAACUACAUCAUCCCAGCCAUAGAAAAAGCCUUCAGGGAGGCCAAGAAGGUCCUCUCUGCUCCCCCAAACCCAGAACCAUACAUUGGCUUCUUCACUUACAGCAACAUCACCUUCUAUGAGAUCAAAGCUGGAUCAGAUGGAGUUCUGAUCAUGCAGCAGUUUGGGCCUCAGAUUGAAGAGCUGAUCCCAGAGAAAUACAGGACAAUAAAGCUCAACUACCUGGUCGACCGGGUAUUCAGAGUGGUGUUUGAGAAAGAGUACCCUUGUGUUUUGCAAGUCGGCACAGCCUCGGUGUCCCUGGAAGCCCAAGAUGGCCAGCUAUUUAACUUCUACACGUUUGACAAGCGAGGUUUGUCCUCUGGUUUUGAUGCUCCAGGACUGAAUACGUAUAAUGUGGUCAGAAUAGCCCGCAGGCCAUCCUUCUCAAGCUGA